AUGGAUGAUCCAUCGAUAGAUGCAAAUCCAAAUGCACCUGUUGGAAGUAGUACUGUCCCAUCCACAGCGAAUGUGUCUUUAGCUGAUUUAGACACGUUUGUUAAUUAUUUAAAGCGUGUUUGUGCACCAAUACUCGAUUCAUCACUUGAAAAUACAAAUGACAUUGAACGUCUUUUUACGGAUCGUUCAUCGACUGAAUGUAUUAAAAAAUUUAUAAGUGAUUCUCAAUGUCAAACACUUCUGGUUUCAAAAACAAUAACACCUAAAGAAGAUCCAUCAUCAAAUGAAACUGAUUCUACAGCAGUAAAUUCAUCUGGUGAUAUAGCAGUAAUGAAUCCAUCAUCGUCAACAGCAACACCAGAUGGACUUUAUACAUUAUCAACUGAAGUUCAUUAUAUAAAUCCUAAAAUGCUUUCACUGGUUGUUCUUAAACGUGGACAAUUAAUUGAAAGUGAUAAAAAAUUUCAUACGCAAUUACGUAUUAUUAAUUUGGUUGAUUCAAGUCCAUAUGAAACUUUACAUGCUUACAUAUCACAUGUCAUAGGACCAUAUUUUAAAUCUUAUGUUCGAGAAUCAGGCAAAAAUGAGCGUGAUGGCGAUAAAAUGGCACCAACAAUGGAAAAGAAGAUAACAGAAUUAGAAAUGGGUUUACUUCAUUUACAACAAAAUAUUGAAAUUCCUGAAGUCAAUCUUGCUAUACAUCCAAUAGUUGUUCAAAUAGUACAAAAAUGUUCUACUGAAAAUCGUCGUCCAAAAGUUGACGAUUUUAGUGAAUAUUUAGAUAAUACUGAAUUUCUUAAUUCACUUCAAUCACAUGUUAAUCGUUGGGUUAGAGAAAUUCAACGUGUAACUAAACUUCAUGAAGAUUCAAUGAAAGGCUCAACAAGACAAGAAAUUUCAUUUUGGCUCAAUCUUGAACGUGCAUUAACACGCAUACAAGAAAAACGUGAAUCCGUUGAAGUACAAUUAACAUUCGAUAUACUUAAAACAGUGAAGCGUUUUCAUGCAACUGUUGGUUUUGAUAAUGAUACAGGUUUAAAAUCAGCUAUGGAAACAGUUAAAGAUCAUUCUGUAUUAAUGAAAGAUUUUCCCAUUAAUGAUCUUUUAUCAGCUAAUGAAUUAGAUAAAAUUCGCACUGCAUUAACAACAAUAUUUCAACAUUUGAGAAAACUUCGUAGCACACGUUAUCCAGUUAGCCGAGCGGGACGUUUAAUGGAAGCUGUUUCACAAGAUUUAAUGCAGCAAAUGCUCAAAGUAUUGAAUACAUACCGUUUAAUGCAUAUUGGCUAUACUGAUUUUGAACGUAUUGUUAAAGUAUGUGAUGAUGUUUUUGGAACAUGGGAUGAUGAAUAUGAACGUUUAUCAACACAAGUGCGUGAUGUGCGUCGUACUGCACGUACAAGUGACGUUAGAAUGGCAUGGCGAGUAUCAUUGUCACAUAAAAAAUUACAACAACGUUUAGAUCAUAUGAAGCGCUUUCGUAAACAACAUGAACAACUUCGUUCAGUCAUUGAUAGAGUUUUACUUCAGCCAGUACCAACACCGCUUCAAACACAGACAUCGAUAAAUGAUGAACAAGAUAAAGAAAAUAAUCAAUCUUCAGGAAAUGGACAAGCUGUUGAAAAUCGACCAGCAAUAACAGCAGCUAAUGUUUUGAAUGAUGUUAAUGCUAUUGAUGAAGUUAAUUUGGCUUAUGAAAGUGUUAAAGAAAUUGAUGCACUUGAUGUUAGUAAAGAAGGACAAGAUGCUUGGGAAAUGGCUAUGAAACGUUACGAUGGACGCAUUGACCGUGUUGAAGCCCGUAUAACAUCAUUAUUACGCGAUCAACUUGGUACGGCUAAAAAUGCCAAUGAAAUGUUUCGAAUCUUUUCACGUUUUCAUGAAUUAUUUGUUCGACCACACAUUGGUGGUGCUAUACGUGAAUAUCAAACACAAUUAAUUCAACGUGUCAAGGAUGAUAUCGAAUCAUUGCAUGAAAAAUUUAAACAACAAUAUGUACAUUCGAAAGCCAAUCGUAUUAGUCGUUCGAAUGAUUUACCACCGACAAGUGGCUCAAUCAUAUGGGCUAAACAAAUUGAAAAACAAUUAAAUACAUAUUUAAGACGUGUAGAAUAUGUUCUAGGUAAAAGUUGGGAACAACAUGUUGAAGGACAACGGUUAAAACAAGAUGGUGAUAAUUUUCGUAGUAAACUUAAUACACAACCAUUAUUUGAAGAAUGGACAAAGAAUGUUCAACAAAAAAAUCAUGGUCUAACAGGAAAAAUUUUUGCAACAGAAUCAACACGAACAUUACACGGACUGGUGACAAAAUUAAAAGUAAAUUUUUCACCAGAAAUUAUCAUGCUAUCAAAAGAAGUACGAAAUAUUCGUGCACUUGGUUUUCGUGUUCCGUUACCAAUUAUUAAUAAAUCUCAUCAAGCAAACGUUCUAUAUCCAUUUGCAGUAUCACUUAUUGAAAGUGUUCGAACAUACGAUAAUGCAAUUGCCAAACUCGCUGAUCGUUCAUCAUCUCAACUACUUGUUGCAUCACUUAAACGUGAUAUUCAAUCUCAUAUCAAUGAAGGUGCAAAUUAUGUAUGGGAAUCUUAUCGUUUGGAACCGUUUGUUCAUAAAUUCUCCGAAGCUAUUUAUACAUUUCAAGAACGUGUUGAUGAAUUAAUAUCAGUUGAAAAUUCAAUUGAUCUUGAGUUAAAAGCAUUGGAUACAUGCGGAUAUAAACAACAAUCAUUUCAAGAUAUUCUUGGAAAAAUUCAAAAAUCUGUUGAUGAUUUAUCGCUUCGUCUCUAUUCAAAUCUAGCUCAAUGGGUACAACAAUUAGAUGAACAAAUUGAAAAAAAAUUAGCCAUUCGACUUCAAACAGCUAUUACUAUGUGGACAAAUGCAUUAAAGCAAGGUAAUAAUAAUGAAAAUAAUUUUGAUGACCAACAACAAAAACGACGACGAAGUACAUUUGCUGAUGAAGACGAUGCUUUUGUAACAUCAAAAGGUAAUAACGAUCAAACACCAGCAAUUCGAACAUUAUUACAUCAAAUACGUACAAGUAAUCAAUUACUUUAUGUAUCACCACCGAUGAAUGAUGCACGUGAACAACUUAUACUUGAACUAUAUGAAUAUGAAGGUAUUAUAACGAAUCAAAAACGUAUACAACAUUCACGUUAUCAACUUGGUAUUGAAUCAGAAUCGGAAUAUAAAACAACAUUUAAAAGUUUACUUAAUAAAUUACCAAUGGCUUCAAAACCGUUGGAAGAUGCAUAUGAAACAGUUGAAUCAUUAAUAACUGAAGCUGAUAAUUAUGUUAAUACUUGGCUUGAUUUUCAAUCAUUAUGGGAUUUACAAACCGAUCAACUUUAUACACGUCUUGGAAAAGAUUUAACAAAUUGGAUGAAUUGUUUAAAUGAAAUGAAGGAUGCAAGAAAAACCUUUGAUACACAAGAAACAUUAAAAUAUUUUGGUCCUAUUACAAUUGAUUACAAUAAAGUACAAACAAAAGUUACUAUGAAAUAUGAUUCAUGGCAUAAAGAAAUUUUAUCAAAAUUCGGUACAAUGCUUUCACAAGAUAUGCAUGAAUUUCAUGCACAUGUUAGUAAAGCACGUACUGAUCUCGAAUCACAAUCAUUAGAAGCAUCAACAACAGCUGAAGCCGUUGGAGUCAUUACUUAUGUGCAAGCAUUAAAAAGAAAAAUGAAAAAUUGGGAAAAACAAGUUGAUGAAUAUAAAGAUGCACAGAAGAUUCUUGAACGUCAACGUUAUCAAUUUCCAUCGAAUUGGCUCUAUGUUGAUAAUGUUGAUGGUGAAUGGGGUGCAUUUAAUGAAAUUCUUGGACGAAAAAAUUCUUCCAUUCAAAAUCAAGUUGUACAGUUACGAAAUAAAAUUGCCGCUGAAGAUAAAAUUGUUGAAACACGUACAAAUGAUUUGUUAGGUGAAUGGGAAAAAGAUAAACCAGUUGCUGGUCAUAUAAAUCCAGACGAAGCAUUAGCACAACUUGCAACAUAUGAUAUUAAAUUAAUGAAAUUAAAAGACGAACGUGAUAAUAUAAUAAAAGCUAAAGAAGCAUUGGAAAUAACAGAUUCAACAUCAACAACAAACCAAUCAGCACAAAAUCGAGUUCGAGUACAAGUUGCAUUAGAAGAAUUAUUAGAUUUAAAAGGUGUCUGGAAUGAAUUAAUGUUAAUAUGGAAACAAAUAAAUGAACUAAAAGAUAAACAAUGGAUUACUAUACAGCCAAGAAAAUUACGUCAAUCAUUAGAAGAAUUAGUUCAACAAUUAAGUAAUUUACCACAACGUUUACGUCAAUAUGAUUCAUAUCAACAUGUUAAAAAUGUUUUACAACAAUAUAUUAAAGUAAAUAUACUUGUUACAGAAUUAAAAUCAGAAGCAUUAAAAGAACGUCAUUGGAAACAAUUGAUGAAACGUAUGUCAAUUAUAUGGAAUUUAAAUGAUAUGACAUUAGGACAAGUAUGGUCAAUUGAUUUACAAAGACAUGAACCAAUUAUAAGAGAAAUUUUAACAAUUGCACAAGGUGAAAAGGCUUUGGAAGAAUUUUUAAAACAAGUUAGUGAAAUAUGGAAAACAUAUCAAUUAGAAUUAAUAAAUUAUCAACAAAAAUGUAAAGUUAUUAAAGGUUGGGAUGAUUUAUUCAAUAAAAUAAAAGAACAUAUUAAUUCUAUAACUGCUAUGAAAUUAUCGCCUUAUUUUAAAGAAUUUGAAGAGGAAGCUAACGUUUGGGAAGAUCGUCUUAACCGUAUCAAUGCAUUAUUUGAUGUAUGGAUUGAUGUACAACGACGUUGGGUAUAUCUAGAUGGAAUAUUUGGUUCAAGUGUUGAUAUAAAACAUUUAUUACCAGUUGAAACAAGUCGUUUUCAAAGUGUAUCAACAGAAUUUUUAUCAUUAAUGAAACGUGUUAGUAAAUCACCACUUGUUAUAGACGUUUUAAAUGUUCAAGGUGUACAAAAAACAUUAGAACGUUUAGCAGAAUUGUUAGCUAAAAUACAGAAAGCGUUAGGUGAAUAUCUUGAACGUGAACGUGCAUCAUUUCCAAGAUUUUAUUUUGUUGGUGAUGAAGAUUUACUUGAAAUUAUUGGUAAUAGUAAAAAUAUUGGUCGUUUACAAAAACACUUUAAAAAAAUGUUUGCUGGUGUUCAUACAUUACUAAUGAAUGAAGACAAUACAAUUGUUCAAGGUGUCGUUUCAAAAGAAGGUGAAGAAGUACAUUUUUAUAAUCAUAUAUCAAUUAUGGAUUCGUCAAUUAAUGAAUGGUUAACAAAAGUUGAAAAAGAAAUCAGUUUAACAUUGGCAAAAUUACUUUCACGAGCUAUUCCAGAACUUAUUAAAAUUCAAGAAAAUCUUGCAGAUACAAAUGCUUUUAUUCAAUGGCUUGAUCAAUAUCAGGCACAACUGGUAGUUUUGGCAUUUCAAGUUUCUUGGUCCGAAAGUAUUGAACGUGUUCUCGAACAAAAAUCUAAAACUAACAAUAAUGACAUAUUACCAAAUGCACUUGAACGCAUUGAAUCAACACUUGUUAUACUUGCUAAUAUGGUUUUAGGAGACCAACCAACAGUUCGUCGACGAAAAUUAGAGCAUUUGAUUAUUGAACACGUGCAUAAACGUGAUUGUACACGAACAUUAAUUGAAAAAAGCAUUGGAGAUGCACGCAAUUUUGAAUGGCUCUCUCAGAUGCGUCUCUAUUUUGAUCCAACAAUCAGUAAUGUUCUCGAACAACUUAAAAUUCGUAUGGCUAAUGCAGAAUUUCAUUAUGGCUUUGAAUAUCUUGGUAUACAAGAUCGGCUUGUUCAAACUCCAUUAACUGAUCGUUGUUUCUUAACAAUGACACAAGCAUUAAAUGCUAAGUUCGGUGGAUCACCAUUUGGACCUGCUGGUACCGGAAAAACUGAAUCAGUUAAAGCACUUGGUCAUGCUCUUGGUCGUUUUGUACUCGUUUUUAAUUGUGAUGAAUCAUUUGAUUUUCAAGCUAUGGGUCGUCUUUUUACUGGUCUUUGUCAAGUUGGUGCUUGGGGUUGCUUUGAUGAAUUUAAUCGUUUGGAAGAACGAAUGUUAUCUGCUGUAUCACAACAAAUUCAAACAAUUCAAGAAGCUUUAAGAGAACUAACACAUUCAGACAAUAAGAGCACAUUAAAAAUUGAACUCGUUGGAAAAUCUGUUUGUGUUAAUCCUAAUAUGGCAAUAUUUAUUACAAUGAAUCCUGGCUACGCUGGUCGUUCAAAUUUACCCGAUAAUCUUAAGAUGCUUUUUCGUAGUUUAGCUAUGACUGUCCCAGAUAAAGUUUUAAUUGCACAAGUUAUGCUUUAUUCGCAAGGUUUUCGUCAAGCUGAAUUGCUUGCAUCGAAAAUCGUUCCAUUGUUUACAUUAUGUAGUGAGCAAUUAUCUCAGCAAUCUCAUUAUGACUUCGGUCUACGUGCUUUAAAAAAUGUACUGGUUAUGGCUGGUAAUCUUAAACGUGACCGUAUUAAGUCUGAUGAGCAAAAAACUGAUAGUGAACAAGAAAUUGUUAUACAAGCUAUCAUGGAUAGUUUUGUACCACGUUUAGUAGCUGAUGAUCUUGUUUUGUUGAAUAGUUUAUUAAAUGAUGUAUUUCCACGUGCUGCUUAUGUUAGACCAGAAAUGACGAAACUUAAAGAAGAAAUACAAAAAGUAAGUAAAGAAAUGUUUUUAAUAUGUGAUGAAUUAUGGAUGGAAAAAGUUUUGCAACUUUAUCAAAUUAUUAAUUUAAAUCAUGGAUUAAUGUUAGUUGGACCAUCUGGUUGUGGUAAAACAACAGCUUGGAGAGUUCUCUUAACGGUUUUAAAUCGAUUAGAAACCUCGGAUGGGCAAGCACAUGUUAUUGACCCAAAAGCUAUUUCAAAAGAUGAUUUAUAUGGAUUUCUUGAUCAAAAUACACGUGAAUGGACGGAUGGUUUGUUUACUCAUAUUCUUCGUAAAAUAAUUGAUAAUGUUCGUGGUGAAUUAAGUAAACGUCAAUGGAUUAUAUUUGAUGGUGAUGUUGAUCCUGAAUGGGUUGAAAAUUUAAAUUCAGUUCUUGAUGAUAAUAAAUUGUUAACAUUACCAAAUGGUGAACGUCUUAAUUUACCGUCAAACGUUCGUGUUAUGUUUGAAGUUCAAGAUCUUCGUUAUGCAACAUUAGCUACAGUAUCACGUUGUGGUAUGAUCUGGUUUAGCGAAGAUGUUCUUUCUUUAUCAAUGAUAUUUGAAAAUUAUUUUCUUCGUACACAAAAUGUACCAGUCAGUGAUGACGAUAUUGAUACAAAUUUUACUGGUGGCUUACCAAGUGAAAAUGUAAAAAUAACAGAUGACAACAAUCAAACAAUGUCGACAACAGUUGCUUUACAACGUUUCAUUGUUCAAAUAUUAAAACCACAUUUUCAAAGUGAUAAUAGUCUUGUAGCAAAAGCACUAGACUUUGCAUUAAAUCAAGAGCAUAUCAUGGAUUUUACACGUUUACGUCCAUUAAAUUCUUUGUUUUCAAUGCUUAAUCAAGGUAUAAGAAAUAUUCUUAAAUAUAAUCAAUCACAUCCAGAUUUUCCGAUGCCACAACAACAAAUUGAACUUUAUAUAACACGUUGGUUAAUCUAUUCACUUUUAUGGUCAUUUGUUGGUGACUGUAAAUCAAAAAUAAGACAUGAAUUUGGUGAAUACAUUCGUGCUAUAACAACUAUUCAAAUGCCAGCUAAUCAAUCAAUACCUUUAAUUGAUUAUGAAAUAACUAUGGAUGGAGAAUUUUCUCCAUGGAUAUCAAAAGUACCAUCAAUUGAAAUUGAAACACAUCGUGUUGCAGCUACAGAUCUUGUUAUACCAACAAUUGAUACAAUACGUCAUGAAACACUAUUAAAUACAUGGCUAGCUGAACAUAAACCAUUGGUUUUAUGUGGACCACCUGGCAGUGGUAAAACUAUGACACUAUUUAGCGCUUUACGCGCUUUACCAGAUUUUGAAGUUGUUGGUCUGAAUUUUUCAUCAGCAACAACACCCGAAUUAAUGUUAAAAACAUUCGAUCAUUAUUGUGAAUAUCGAAAAACUCCAAAUGGUAUUGUUCUUUCACCUAUACAACUGAAUUCAUGGAUUAUUGUAUUUUGUGAUGAAAUUAAUUUACCCGAUGAAGAUAAAUAUGGUACACAACGUGUCAUAUCAUUUAUUCGUCAAAUACUUGAACAUGGAGGAUUCUAUCGUACAUCAGACCAACAAUGGGUUAAACUUGAACGUUUACAAUUCGUUGGAGCUUGCAAUCCACCAACAGAUCCCGGACGAAAACCACUUUCACAUCGAUUUCUUCGUCAUGUGCCAGUCAUUUAUGUUGAUUAUCCAGGUGAAACAUCACUUAAACAAAUCUAUGGUACAUUUAAUCGUGCAAUGCUGCGCAUCGUUCCACCGCUUAAACCCUGGGCUGAUUCAUUAACAAAUGCUAUGGUCGAAUUUUAUCUUCUUUCUCAAGAACAUUUUACUGUUGAUAUGCAACCACAUUACAUAUAUUCUCCACGUGAAAUGACGCGUUGGGUUCGUGGUAUAUUUGAAGCAAUUCGUCCCUUGGAAAGUUUAACUGUCGAAGGACUUGUUCGUUUAUGGGCACAUGAAGCAUUACGUUUAUUUCAAGAUCGUCUUGUUGGUGAUGAUGAACGACAAUGGACAGAAGAGCAUAUUAAUUCAAUAGCGCGUAAACAUUUUCCGAAUAUGGACCAUUUAACAGCAUUACAACGACCAAUUCUGUAUUCAAAUUGGUUAUCAAAAGAUUAUUUGCCAAUCGAACAAGAAAAAUUACGUGAAUAUGUUCGUGCACGCUUGAAAAUUUUCUAUGAAGAAGAACUUGAUGUUCAAUUAGUCUUGUUUAACGAAGUACUCGAUCAUGUUUUACGUAUUGAUCGUGUUUUUCGUCAACCACAAGGACAUGUUCUAUUAAUUGGCGUGAGUGGUAGUGGAAAAACAACAUUAUCAAGAUUUGUUGCAUGGAUCAAUGGUUUACAUGUAUUUCAAAUUAAAGUUCAUAAUAAAUAUACAUCACAAGAUUUCGAUGAAGAUUUGCGAACUGUCUUAAGACGUACUGGUUGUAAAGGAGAAAAAAUUGCAUUUAUAUUAGACGAAUCAAAUAUGUUAGAUUCAUCAUUUCUUGAACGUAUGAAUACAUUAUUAGCUAAUGGUGAAGUACCGGGAUUAUUUGAAGGUGAUGAAUAUACAACGUUGAUGACACAAUGUAAAGAAGGUGCACAACGUGAUGGUUUAAUGUUAAAUUCACCUGAAGAAUUAUACAAAUGGUUUACAAAUGAAGUUAUUAAAAAUCUGCAUGUUGUCUUUACAAUGAAUCCAUCGUCGGAAGGUUUAAAAGAUCGUGCGGCAACAUCACCAGCAUUAUUCAAUCGUUGUGUUUUAAAUUGGAUGGGUGAUUGGUCAUUACAAGCACUUCAUCAAGUUGGAAAAGAAUUUACAAAUAGUAUUGAUUUAGAAUCUGCUUCAUCAUCAAAUAGUACACCAAACGAUCGAGAAGCUGUCAUUCAAUCAUUUGUCUAUGUCCAUCAAACUUUACAGCAAGUUAAUUCAAAAUUACAAAAGAAAGGUUCACGUACUGUAUUUAUAACUCCACGUCAUUAUAUUGAUUUUAUCAAUCAUUUUGUUAAACUUUAUCAUGAGAAACGUGCUGCAUUAGAAGACGAACAAUUACAUUUAAAUAAAGGUCUUGAUAAAAUUAAAGAAACAAUGAAGGACGUUGAAGAUUUACAAAAAAGUUUAGCAAUCAAACGUAAUGAAUUAGAACAAAAGAAUACCGCUGCUAAUUUAAAGCUAAAAGAAAUGAUUAAAGAUCAACAAGAAGCUGAAAAACAAAAAAUAACAAGUCAAGAAUUACAAACACGUUUACAAGAGCAAUUAAAAGAAAUAGCUAUAAAUAAAAAACAAGUAACAAGUCAAUUGGAAAAUGUCGAACCAGCUGUUAUUGAAGCACAACAAGCAGUAAAAGGAAUAAAACGCCAACAUUUAGUUGAAAUACGUAAUUUACCAAAUCCACCACCAUUAGUUAAAUUAGCGUUGGAAGCUAUCUGUCUUUUACUUGUUCAAGAAACAACGGACUGGAAAACUAUUCGUGGUGUUAUUAUGAGAGAGGAUUUCAUCAAUACUAUAAUACAAUUUAAAACAGAAAAUGUUCAAGAAGAAAUAAGAGAAAAAAUGCGCACACGUUAUGUAUCAAAUCAAGAUUUUACAUAUGAAAAAGUUAAUCGAGCAUCACAAGCAUGUGGUCCUAUGGUUAAAUGGGCACUUGCACAACUUGAUUAUGCUGAUAUGCUUCAUCAAGUUGAACCAUUGAGAAAUAAAUUACAACAAUUAGAAGAUGAUGCAAAUAUCAAUCGUGUUAAAGCUGAUGAAUUAAUAAAAUUAAUUGAUAAUUUAGAAAAAUCGAUAACAAAAUAUAAAUUAGAAUAUGCCGAUUUAAUUGCACAAGCACAAGCUAUUAAAACUGAUCUAACUAAUGUUGAAUCAAAAGUUGAACGUUCAGUUGCUUUACUUAAAUCAUUAUUUGCUGAACAGCAACGUUGGGAAUUAACAAGUCAAUCAUUUUUAAGACAAAUAUCAACAAUGGUUGGUGAUGUUUUAUUAUGUUCAGCAUUUAUGGCAUAUGCUGGCUACUAUGAUCAAAUAACACGACAACAAUUAUUUAAAACAUGGACACAUCAUAUCGAUCAAAAGAAAAUCAAUUUUCAUCAUCAAAUAGCUCGUGUCGAAUAUUUAUCCAAUGCUGAUGAACGUUUAAGAUGGCAAGCGAAUUCAUUACCUGUUGAUGAUUUAUGUACAGAGAAUGCUAUUAUGCUCAAACGUUUUAAUCGUUUUCCAUUGAUUAUUGAUCCAAGUGGACAAGCAGCUGAAUUUAUUAUGCAUGCAUAUCAAGAUAAAAAAAUUACAAAAACAAGUUUUCUGGAUGAUUCAUUUCGAAAAAAUCUCGAAUCAGCACUUCGUUUUGGUAAUCCAUUAGUUGUUCAAGAUGUUGAACGUUAUGAUCCUAUAUUAAAUCCUGUUCUCAAUCGUGAAGUACGUCGUACAGGUGGUCGUACAUUAAUAACCAUUGGUGAUCAAGAUAUUGAUUUAUCACCAGCAUUUAGUAUAUUUCUAUUUACUCGUGAUCCAUCUGUUGAUUUUCCGCCUGAUAUUUGUUCACGUGUAACAUUUGUUAAUUUUACUGUAACACGUGCAUCAUUACAAGCUCAAUGUUUAUCACAAGUAUUAAAAGUUGAACGACCAGAUGUCGAUGAAAAACGUCGUGAUCUAUUAAAAUUGCAAGGUGAAUUUCAACAACGUUUAAGACAUUUAGAAAAAGAUCUAUUAGAAUCAUUAAAUAAUGUCAAAGGUCGAAUAUUAGAUGACGAUACAAUCAUAACACGUCUCGAAACAUUGAAACGUGAAGCAUUUGAUAUAACGAAAAAAGUUCAAGAAACUGAUCAAGUUAUGAAAGAAAUUGAAAAUGUAUCAAAACAAUAUUAUACAUUAUCAGUUGCUUGUUCAUCAAUUUAUUUUACUAUGGAAUCAUUGAAUCAAGUUCAUUUUCUCUAUCAAUAUUCAUUGCAAUUCUUUUUUGAAAUGUUUAAUGCUAUAUUUACAAAUAAUAGUCAUUUAGUAAAUAAAACCGAUGCAUUGGAACGUUUACAAAUUAUAACACAUGAUUUAUUUCAAAUGAUCUAUACUCGUAUUGCACUUGGAAUGUUACAUGAAGAUCGUAUUGUACUUGCUUUAUUACUAGCAAGAAUUAAUUUAAAAACAUUAAAUAAUGAACCGACUUAUGAUGAUGAAUAUGAUAUAUUAAUUCGUGGUAGUGGCAGCACAACAGUAGAAACAACUAAACAUGAUCAAGUAACUAUCGAAGGUUUAACUAAACAACAAACUGAUUCAAUGAUAAAAUUAUCUAAAUUACCAGCAUUUAAAAGUCUUCAAUCACAAGUUUUAUCAAAUCCAGAUUUUCCAAAAUGGAUUGAAGAAAUGAAUCCAGAAUUGAACGUACCACAUUUAUGGUCUGAAUUAACACCAUUAACACCGAUUGGAAAGAUGUUUAAUCAAUUAUUAAUGAUACAAGUAUUUCGUCCUGAUCGUUUCUUAUCGGCUGCACGAAUGUUUGUAUCGAAUGUAUUGGGCGAAGGAUUUUUAGCAGCUGCCGAUCAAGUACUUGAUCUUGGUCCUAUUGUUGAAAAUGAAAUUGUUUCCAAUAAACCUAUAUUAAUGUGUUCUGUACCAGGUUAUGAUGCUAGUUCACGUGUUGAAGAUUUAGCUACACAAACAAAUCAACAAUUAAUAUCUAUUGCUAUUGGUUCAGCUGAAGGUUUUAAUCAAGCUGAAAAUUCUAUUGCAUCUAGUGCACGACAAGGACGUUGGGUGUUGUUAAAAAAUGUACAUUUAGCACCACAAUGGUUAGUGACAUUAGAAAAACGUCUUCAUGCUAUGCCUGCACAUAAUCAAUUUCGAUUAUUUUUAUCAAUGGAAAUUCAUCCAAAAUUACCAUCAAAUUUACUUCGUAUGGGAAGAAUUUUUGUUUAUGAACCAGCACCGGGCAUUAAAGCUAAUUUAUUACGAACGUUUUCAACAAUACCUUCAUUACGUAUGAAUAAAAUACCCAAUGAACGUUCACGUCUUUACUUUCUUCUUGCUUGGUUUCAUGCUGUUAUUCAGGAACGUCUUCGCUAUGUUCCACUUGGUUGGUCAAAACAUUAUGAAUUUACUGAAGCUGAUCUUAAAUGUGCAUUAGACACUAUUGAUAUUUGGAUUGAUAUUAUUGCCAUGGGCCGUACAAAUCUUCCCAUUGAUAAAAUUCCAUGGGAAGCAUUACGUACACUUCUUUCUCAAUGUAUUUAUGGUGGUCGUAUUGAUAAUCCAUUUGAUCAACGUUUAUUAAAUGGUUUUCUAUCAAAACUAUUCUCAUUAACAUCAUUAAAUACUGAUAUGAAAUUAAUUAUUGAAGAACAAGAUGACAAAUUACAACAACCAGUCGUUGUCACAAUGCCCGAUGGUAUCAAACGUGAACAAUUUGUAAACUGGAUUGAACAAUCAUUACGUACAUUAAUACAACAGCCAUCAUGGCUUGGUUUACCGAAUAAUGCUGAAAUUGUUUUAUUGACAACACGUGCACGAGAAACAUUAGCCAAACUUCUUAAGAUGUCAUCAAUUAUAACAAAUGAUGAUGAAGAUCAAACUGAAAAUAUUCUUGAUGAUCAAGCAACAAUCGAUGCAUCAAUGCAAGGUAAAAAACGUUCUGAAACAGGUGAUGCUCGACCAUCAUGGAUGAAACAAUUACAUAUUUCAUGUGUAACAUGGUUAAAAUUAUUACCAGCAAAAGUUACAACAAUGCGACGUACAACAGAAAAUAUCAAGGAUCCAUUAUUUCGAUUUUUUGAACGUGAAGUUAACACAGGCUCGAAAUUAUUAGGUGUUGUUCAAUUAGAUUUACGUGACAUAACGGCUGUUUGUGAAACUAAAAAGAAACAAACAAAUUACCAUCGACAAUUAAUUAGUGAUUUAAUUAAAGGUGUAAUUCCACAAUCAUGGAAGCGUUAUACAGUUCCGAAGAAUUUAACUGUGAUACAAUGGAUAACUGAUUUUAGUGAUCGAGUUAAACAACUUGAAUCAAUAUCAAAACUAGUUGCUGAUCAAGGAUAUAAAUCAUUAAAAUCAUGUCCUAUUUGGCUUGGUGGUCUAUUUACGCCUGAAGCAUAUGUAACAGCAUCACGUCAAUGUGUUGCACAAUCAAAUCAAUGGUCACUUGAAGAACUUAUCUUGCAAAUUAUUGUACAAGAUUCAACUGAUCAACAACAAUUUAUUCAAGAUGAUUGUACAUUUGCUAUACGUGGUCUUCGUUUACAAGGUGCAAAAUGUCGAUCGAAUAAACUUUCUCUAUCAUCAUCGAUAUCAACAGAACUCAAUUUAACAUUAUUUAAAUGGAUACGUGCAACAGAAAGAAAGCAAACCAAUGCAAUGAUAACAUUGCCAGUUUAUUUAAACGCAACACGAAGUGAAUUAUUAUUUACAAUUGAACUUGAAGCAGCAGAUAAUUCAUUAAAUGAAUUUGAUUUUUAUGAACGUGGUGUAGCGGUACUUACGUCAUCGAUUGCUUAA